UGAAUAAUUUAUUUAAGUUUAUUGGGAGUACAUUGAGUAGUCCAUGAAUGAAGAAGGAAAGCACCGAAAUGAUUAGGUGAUCGAUCAUAGCUUACCCUUCCUCUCACGAAUCCAACAAAUUUAGGGAUUCUUCUCCCCUUUCGUGGAUCGAUCUAUUUUGGUGUCUCAACCAAAUAUUCCAAACCUUUUUGGUCUUUAGAAACAAGGGCAAUGGUGGUGGAAUGAGGAGAAAACAAGAAGAAGAAGAAGAAGAAGAAGAAGAAGAAGAAGAAAAAGAAAAAGAAAAAGAAGGAGAAAAGGGACAUGGCAAGAAGUGAUUGGGGGAUUCAACUUCAAUCAAGAAGUGGCGGUGGAAAGUGGAUUUGUUCUUACAAGAAAAUCACUAUCUUAGUUUGUCUUUUCAACAUUGCCAUUGCUCUCUAUUGUCUUCGUUCUCUUUAUGCUUCUCUUUAUAUCUACUCCGGUAGUGUUGGAAGAAACAUUGUAGUGUAUAAACCAGAUCAGAUUCGGAAAAUGGAAGAGUCAAAUCAAAUUAGGAAGUCUUAUAAACCAGUGGAGUUAAUGAAAUUGGUGAAGGGAUUAGAAGGGGAGUUUUCGAGCGAAAAUUUGGAGGUUGAGUUGCCUCAGCACUUGAAACAGAAAAUAAUUGAUGAGGUCUUGGAGAGACUAGGGAGCUUGAAUAGCAGAAGCACAAAUGGAUCUCACUCACAGGGCAUUGCUAUGGAGCGAGAAGCGGUUGAAAAUUGGCGCAAGGAAAAAUUGGAAGAGGUUAAGUUAGUUUCUGUGGGAGGGAUUUCCAACUCUACUCUUUCUGAUAAAGAGGCAGGGAUGCUAGUUAAAGCUUUGGAGUCUGAUUGGGCUGUGCUUGUUGAAGAAAUUGGCCUUUGGAUACCAGUUGAAGUUGUGAAUGAAGAACAUAAUGACAAACCUGAUGGCAUAGAGGAUUCAGAGGAGGAAAUUCUUCCUGGCAGGCCCCUUCCUCCUGAGUGCAAACCUGAACUUCAUACGGACUAUGAUGGUUCUGCUGUAAGAUGGGGUCUUACUCACCACAAAGAUAGUGCAGCUGAUUGCUGUCAAGCUUGCUUGGACCAUGCCAAACACGCCAAAGAAGGUGAAAAGAAAUGCAAUAUUUGGGUUUAUUGCCCUUCAGAAUUUGGAUGCCAUUCACCAGAUAUCUAUCAGCACAAACAUCAAGAAUGCUGGCUGAAAUAUGCUGAGAAACCAAAACUAAAUUUUAAGGAUAGGUAUCCUGAAUGGUAUCGAAAUUCACAUCCAUCUGCACCGGUGAUUGUUCCAUGGGUCUCUGGAGUUGUCGGUGCUUGAGAUAAAAAAUUGACAGAAGGUAUAGUAGUAUAAAAACCCGAGUCCGGAGCUACCUUGUAGAUUACAUUACAGGCACUCAAAGCUAGCUUUGGCAAAGCCUUUGUCAUGCUUUGUGGAUUAUACCAUUGUUGUUCAACAUGUUUUUGCCUUUUUAGAUUAAACAAAUGAAAUGGGGAGAGUAAAGGAUUUCCUCCAAUGACCAUUUACUGAUUUUGGACAUGGCUCUGGUCAAAGUGCUGUUUUUGACAAACUCAUAGUCUUCUUGCUAAGGAUUUUGAUGAGGAUGGAUACAAGUGUAACAGUAUUAGAUUAUUGGACGGUAUAAUCGGAGGUUUGACGACAGAAACAGAUAUUUGCUUUCUUUAAACGUGUUGUGGGAAUUGUUAUUUUCUCGUUUGUAUUUACCAAAAUGUGAAACAAACACGCCCUUAAUCGACGAGAAAAUUGUUUUGUCCUGUAAACUAUCAUUAUUCAUUGUUUCUCCAAUUGAACUCAUAAUUCUUGUUUGAGAUGUUAUUGUUGAUGAUCAUUAUCAUUCAACUCUGUUUGCUUCA